UUCAGUAAAUUACUAAGUGCAAUUGCCAAGAUGAAACGGUAUGAUAUCGUGAUUUCUCUUUGCAAGAGGAUGGAAUUACACGGGGUUUCACAUGACAACUACACUCUGAAUAUUCUUAUCAACUGUUUCUGCCGCUCACGUCAAGUGGGUUUGGGAUUUUCUGUUUUGGGGAAGAUCAUGAAAAUUGGUUAUGAGCCAAACGUAAUCACAUUUAACACUCUCAUCAAUGGAUUAUGUAUAGAGGGUAAGCUUUCCGCGGCAUUAAACUUGGUCGAACGAAUGGUAAAGGAUGGAUACACUCCUGAUGUCGUAACAUGUACCACCGUUGUCAACGGACUAUGUCUCCAAGGUAGAAUCCACGAGGCCGUCGUUUUAGUUGAUCAGAUGCCAAAGAAAGGCCAUCAGCCCAAUGUAAUCACUUAUGGUGCUAUUGUGAAUGGCAUUUGCAAGUCAGGAGAUUCCGCUCUAGCUUUAAAUUUGCUCAUCAAGAUGGAGGAAAGGCAUGUUGAGGUCAACGUCGUAGUUUAUAAUACGAUUAUAGAUUGUCUUUGCAAAGAUGGACGUGUAGAUGAUGCGCUUAACCUUUUCAAAAAGAUGGAUGAUCGAGGAGUUGAGCCAGAUGUUGUUACCUACAACACUUUGAUAAACGGUCUUGGUUGUUAUAGUAGAUGGACUGAUGUCGCACGAUUAUUGAAUGAUAUGAUCAAAAGGAAUAUCACUCCUAAUGUUGUCAGUUUCAAUGGAUUAAUCGAUAAUUUUGUCAAAGAGGGGAAGUUUCUAGAAGCCAGAGAGCUUUACGAGCAGAUGGUCCAGAGAGGUUUGGUUCCGAGUACUUUCACUUAUACUUCGUUGAUUGUUGGACUUUGCAUGCAGAAUCGUCUUGAUGAGGCGAAAAAAAUGUUUGAUUCUAUGGCUACCAAGGGUUGUCCUCCGGAUGUAGUGACUUUUAGCGCUCUCAUAAAUGGAUACUGCAAGUCUGGCAGGGUUGACCAGGGUUUGAAACUCUUUAGUGAGAUGUUUCGAAGAGGAGUUGUUGCUGAUACACCUACUUAUACUUCUCUCAUCCAAGGGUUUUGUCGAGCAGACAAUCUUGCUGUUGCGCAAAAGCUUUUCCUAGAGAUGCAGUGUCAGGGUCAAUAUCCUAACCUUGUAACUUUCAAUGUCCUGCUUGAUGGGCUAUGUAAGAAUGGAAAGCUAGAAGAGGCAUUGUGUUUAUACAACAAGAUGGAAAAGAGUGGGAUGAACCUCGAUAUAAUCGCACAUACUAUAAUCAUUCAUGGCUUGUGUAUGGAUGACAAGGUUGAGGAUGCAUUGCGAUUGUUUAAUGGGCUUUUUGAUAGAGGGGUGGAACCGAAUGUGAAAACAUAUACUGCAAUGAUUUCUGGACUUUGUAGAAAAGGUUUACUGGAUGAAGCCGAAAAGCUAUUUAGAGAGAUGAAAGUGGCUGGUGUGAAGUGUAUCUGA